AUACGAGUUGGCUUGAGCACUCACCUUCGACGAUUUUUCCGUCUUUGUCGCAAGUCGGCGACAGCUCCUCGGAUGGAUUGCCACAACUCCGGAUAAUCCCAAAAUAAUCCACGAAUAAUCACCGAAUUAACCAUUAAAAUCUACCGAUCUAACAAGUGCCUCUAAAAAUCACUGCGAAACCGAUCUCCAGGGAAUCAGAGCUCAUCAAGAUCAGCAAGUGCACGAGGGCAAAAUCGUGGAAUAAAUAUCCGAAGAGAAUUUGGAAUUUUGAUAAAUCCAGUCGUUUGAGUAUUUAGGAUUAAGCAAUAUGUCGUUGAAAGAUGAUAAAGUGCCGUGCGCUCGUUUAUGCCACAUCGUGAAAUGGGAUGAUUUUGAUGGAUAUGGAUUCAAUCUUCAUGCUGAACGUGGAAAAAAUGGACAAUUCAUCGGUAAAGUUGAUGAUGGAUCACCGAGUCAAGCCGCUGGUCUACGACAGGGUGAUCGAAUAAUCGAAGUCAAUGAGAUCAAUAUCGCUAAUGAGACCCACAAACAAGUGGUCGAUCGCAUCAAGGCAUUUCCAAAUGAAACAAAAUUGUUGGUUGUCGAUCAGGAGGCGGAUGAUUACUACAAGGCCAACAACGUCAUCAUCAGGGGAACAAUGACGUGUAUCAAGGUGAUCAAGACACCAGAGAGAAAUCCGGCAACUGAGAAUGAGGAAAAAGCCGAUGGCAGCAUUAGCUCAAUCGAUGAGAAUAUGCAGAAGUCAAUUGGUUCGAAUGAUACCUCCAAUAGUGGCAGUACAGUACCAACGACAGCAUCGAUGAACGACGAGAAUUCGCGACCCCACGAAAAUACCCAGGAAAAUGGCCGCAAAAGCUCCGAAGACGACGAAGUUGCCCCAGGAGUUGAACACAUCGACGAUAUCUCAAUGACGGGCAACGGUACAGUACCAGCGACGAAAAAGGGCCUGAAUCUUAAAAUGAGUGCUAAAGAAUUGCGCGCCAAAUUGGCGGCCCGCAAAAAAUACGAUCCCAAGAAAGAAUCAAUUGGCUUCAAAGAUAAAUUCGAUAUUGUUCAAAAGCUGUAAACUCCACGAAUUCCUCGACGAAUUACCACUCGUUAUCACGAAUACUGUUGAAAUGUUGAUUUUGCCUUAUCACUUCGUCUUCGUCAUUACGAUUUACAGCUCAAGAGACAAGCAUUCCAAUUUUUUUUUCAUUCUUCCCGAAAAAGAAGACAAUUCUGUUGCAAAGUGGUCAUAUUGAAAAAAACACCUCGAAUUAUCAAUUAUCACAUUACUUACCACAUUAUUUUGUUAAAUUCCGUUGUGGUUUCUUUUGUAGGAGCAAUUUAUUAGUUCUCAUUACCCCGAGUGGCAAAAUAAAUUAAUGGAAAUAAUGGAAAUAGUGGAAAAAAUAAAAGAAAUGACUCAGCAUUGCGCAAUGAUGUAAUUACUAGAGUCAGUACAAGUCUGUACACGAUAUUAUUCGCGCCUGAUGAUUUCUCGUCAUUUAUCAUCGAUAAUUUGUCAGUGAAAAAAUUCAAUUAUCGUGUUUGAUGUAUCAUGGUAAUUAAGAAAAUGUUAUCGCAGAGGUGGAGGUCAUGUUCGUCGUGUGGAUUUCUCGGGGACUCGAUACCGUUAACUAGCUCCAAUUUCCCUGUGUACUCACACUCUUGUGGUCGUUACAAUUGUCCUCUUGUCAAUGGAGAAAUCGAUACGAUUCGAGCACUCGUAAUAUUUUUUUUUUUAUCUAAUUCAAUGAUUCCACAGUAUUUUCCUUCCUGAUUCGAGGGACAAUUUGUGAUUCAGAUCUAAUUGAGAGAUUAUGAUGCUGGAGGCAGCGCAGAUCUUUAAUUAUGCAAAGAGUGCGUUUUAUUUUUAGACUCAUUAAGCUGUGAGAUUUAUUAUCGAUCGAUUAAUUCGGCUUUUUUUAAAAAUCAAGUGGAAAAAUUCAGGAAGUGUCUGUUUUUUUUUUAAUUUCGGUGCAAUCAACAGCAGGAAUUUGUAUAUUCUCAAGUUAAACAGUUGUAUAAUUAUGUUUAAGUAAGACCUAAUUAAUCACUGCAAUCCCUUCUAUUGUAAAUAUCAGCGGACAUUGCAAUUGAGAGGACCAAUUAUUUUGAUCAACCUGGAAUUCACUAGUCAAGAGAUAAUUGAAUCAUUCGAAUUAUUUUCUUAUCGAUGUAUCUCGAACCCUAUCGAUUCUCAGCGGAAAUGUGAAGAGACAUUUUUUCUUGAAAAUUGCAUUGGCAAUAAAAAAGUUCUUUGGUGUUUUCAUUGAAAAUUUUUGGUUGUCGAGAUAAAGCAAUUGGAAUGAUGAUAAUUUUCGAAAUACACAACAUAUCACUCGGUUAAUGAAUUCUAUUAUUUUUGGUUUUUUUUUCAACGCAUAAUUGGAAUGGUCGAUUGAGUGGAUCAAUCAUUGGUGAUAGAUUUUCACCAAUGGCCUAGGAUGUAUAUAGAUUUUUAGAGCGUUAUGUAUAAGAAUACCGAAGCCAAUUACACACGUUGUU